GUUGUUGGUUGCGACUCCGGUGUUCAACGCUCCAUAACCAAGCCAUUCGCUAACGUUAUCGACCCGUAAUCAAAAGUCAAAGAGUGGCCAAGUUGCGCGGAAAAUAUUCUACCGCGAGGCACUAGUGCCCCUAUAAGGGAUAAUUUGCCCUUGCGAAACGUACGGAAAAGGGCUAGACAAAUUUUGCUUCCGGCGUUGCACCGGAAUGCCUCAACACGUCUGAGCUUUUUAAAAUGCGCUCUUUGGCAUUCGUAAACGUAUAUGAUGCUGUCCUGCCAUAAUGUUGUGGGGAUUAGAGCAUCCACCUUACCCAUUUAAAGACUCGCCCAUGUCUUCCAUCGUCAGUCCACGUUCUAGACAGAGCACUACUGCGAAGAAACCCCGCCCGAUAGAAUCGUCGGAUCCAUCAUUUCGCUACCAAAACGGUUCAAGGCUGCAUAAUCUCAACCAAGAAGACGCACCAUAUCCCCUUUCAUAUGACAGGGAAAUCCUGGACUUAUGGGCUAUAGACCAUGCGCUUAUUCAGAAAGUGAAGCAUGGUCAACUUACCUUGCGAGAUUUUAAAGGGGAGAUCCCUGGACGAGUUUUGGAUCUGGGGACCGCUUUGGGUGACUGGGUGAUUGCAUGUGCCGGGAAAUGGCCGACGUCUACAUUUGUUGGUUUCGAUAUGGUCAAUAUUCAGAUACCUUUGCAAUAUGUCGAACCAUCUGUCGCGAAUCGUAUACAAUGGGUUAAUGGCAACUUUUUGACAAGUCGCCUUCCAUUUCCCGACAAUGAGUUUGACUACGUGCAUAUGCAGGGCAUUGGUUUUGCCAUACCGGAACCCAGAGUACGCCUCCUCUUCCUAUACUAUCCAUUCUCACUCACCGAAUUUCUACAUCAGUGGCACGACUUCCUCGACGAAGUCAAUCGGGUACUCAAGCCAAACGGAACCAUAGAGAUUCUCCAAGAAGAUGCUUUGUUCCCAAUCUUGCCCAAAUGGUUUACUCGACCACUUCACGCCGAUAGGUCAUGCGCCCUAUCGCCACCACCAAGCGGUACAAACACGCCCAUAACGUCAACGUUUGCCACGCCUGACGAUGAUCCUCACGACCACGCACUUCUGGAGCAUCUAUUCAACGCUGUAUUUGAAUCUCGAUUUAUCAACCCAAAGCCAAGUUCUAUCUUGCCUGUGUACUUUUCUUCGACAUUCCGGCAUGUCAAGUCACCACCAUUGCUACAGUUCCCCAUGCCACCAAUCGCACCUCUCAUGCCACUUCCUGGCCAACAACUUCCACCGCCUGCAGUCUCCGACGCCAUUACGUCGGAUCCGACGGAUCCGUGUUGUUUCUUCAUGCCAACACCUCCCAGCCCCACCGCACACGACUCUUCGUCUUCUACUACUAAGUCCUCCACUGUCUUAUCCGAUUUCAACUUCAGCAGACCGCCGUCAUCACUAGGGGCUCCUUCGUCGAGAACCUCUGUUUCUAGUAUCGCACCGACGGUGUUGCAACGGAUACCCUCUACCACUAGUGUGCAUAGCAUUGCGCCUUCGUCAUCCAGGCAACCCAAACACCCUUCACUUGCCUUGCUAUCACCUAUGGCAGAAUCCAGCAUAAUUGGAGGCGAGGCUUCUGUGGUAGAGCUGUUUCCCAUACCCGAGUUCGAGAAGCUCGAGGACAAAGUAUUGUACAUGCAACUGUACCGAGCUGCCGGUCUGGUAUUCGCGACGAAGGAAGCCAUGUGGGAUGAGUUAGCCAAGCUUGUUGAGAAAGAGGACGCUCUUUUGAAGCUGUAUGGAUGGCGCGACGAAGACUUCCCUAAUUUGCAACUAAACAGGAAGCGGUUUGAAACCUUGUACCAGCGUUAUAAAGACGACAUGCAUGUCCGUUUGUCACUAUGGCAUUCCCUGACGAAAACAGGGUGGACAUUCCCUCGACGAGAACCCCUAACAGGACCUGAGCUUGCGGAGGAAGAGCGUUUACGCCAGAUGAUCCUUGAAUCAAGGCGGGAUGCUUGUGCGCAAGACUUCGACGCGCCUUCUCGGACUAUUCGUUUGCUUAUCGGUGUUAAGGGAUAGGUUGGAAUUUGUUUCUCCGUUGUUGCAUUCUAUGUGUUGGAUUUCGACUGGGUUUCGGUGUUUUUGAUUUACCCUGCUUUUUCAUUGUACUUCUACUAUUUCUCUGCGUAUCUAGGUAUCUUCACGUGCAAUUGUUUUCAUCUAUGGUACUCCCCCUCUCAUACCAAUUAAACAUACCCAUUUGAAAGGCACCUGCCCUUAAAUACUUGUCACCGACCCGGCCCUAAUGCAUAGCAUAGUCACGCUGUGACUUUUUGCUUU